UGUAGCAGUGGCAACACUCGAAUUUAUUAUUGCUGAUGUGUCCAGCUGUCAAAGUUGCUAGCGAGGCGAAAGUUCGGUGUCAAAACUGUUUUCUCGUGGAUUAUUAUUAUUAUGUCGAAAGAUGCAAAUCCCAAGGAGGCGCUGAUUAAAGCGGCCUAUGCUGAUGUUCAUAAGUUCGGCACCAAUCAGGAGUUUGACAAGGCGGUAAAAGCCGUCAACCGCAUUUUGGGCGUUGCACCUGAUGACCAAACAGCCCUACACUGCAAAGUUGUCUGUCUGAUGCAGCUGUCCAAGUUUGAUGAGGCGAAUAAGUUCAUCGAGAAAAAUCGUCUCAGCAGUGUGCUGAUCUUUGAGAAGGCUUACUGUGAGUACCGCCUAAACAAACAGUUGCAGGCACUUAAAACCAUUGAUGAUGCUGGCGUGCAGCCGCUGCCGGCUAAGCUUAAGGAGCUGCGUACACAAAUACUAUAUCGCCUGGAACGCUACGAAGAUUGCCUAGAUGCAUACAAGGAGAUCAUCAAGAACAGUAGUGACGAGUACGAAGACGAGCGUCGCACCAAUCUCAGCGCAGUAGCAGCAAAUUUGGCCUUGGACAAGGAGAAAGAUGUACUGGAAGUGCCAGAGGACACUUACGAGCAGUACUUCAACAGCGCUUGCAUUCAGUCCAAUCGCCAGAAAUAUGUAGAGGCCGAGCGCAAACUGCGCACCAGUGAAAAACUUUGCCGCGAGUUUCUCGAAGAGGAAGGUGCCAGCGAUGAGGAAAUACUCGAAGAGCUGGACGUCAUCCGAGUUCAGCUCGCUUACUGUCUGCAACAGCAGGGCAAGAUUAAGGAGGCGAGUGUCAUUUACGCUGAGUGUUUGCGCCAUAAGCCCAAGGACGCUGCUCUUGUUGCCGUUGCCAGCAACAAUUCGGUGGUCAUUAACAAGGAUCAAAAUGUCUUUGAUUCUAAGAAGAAAAUACGCGCUGCCAUGGCUGAGGCGUGCGAACCAAAGCUAACUUCACGUCAGAAGCAGACAAUAGCGCUCAACAAUUGUCUUUUGGCAUUGUAUACAAAUGCCGGCGAUCAGGUGCAGCAGCUAACACAGAAACUCACCCAAAGCUAUCCACAAGUGGAGUUUGAGGCUCUGCUUAUACGCUGCAGCCAACUGGCCAAUGAUAAGAAGCACAAGGAAGCCAUCGAGCAACUGAACAAGUUUGCCAGUACACACAAGACACACGAGUUUAUCAGCAAAUUUGCCAUUAUUCAGCUGCACUUGCUACAGGGAAAUCGUAAAGAUGCCAUCGAAACACUGCUCUCGCUGGGUGAGGCCAAGUACAAGCCUGGCAUUGUCUCGGCACUGGUGUCGCUCUAUUUGGGCACAGACAAUAAGCCGGCGGCGUCGGCACUGCUCAAGUCCGCCGUGGAAUGGUACAAGCAGAAUAAUGUAAGCAGCGGUGAUUUGUCGGACAUGUGGCGUCAGGCAGCCGAGUUUCAUUUGCGUGGUGGCGCCUCUGAGACCGCCGCCAGCUCGUUAGAGGAGCUGCUCAAGCUAAAGCCCAACGAUAUGAAGGUUUUAGCUCAGCUGGUUAUUGCUUAUGCACAGUUUAAUCCUAAGCGCGCGCUUGAGAUAAGUCGCAAGUUGCCCAAGUUGGAAACUCUUACCACGGCCUCCGAAAUCGAUGCCCUCGAAGCGGCUAAUUGGGUGAUGUCCACGAAGGCAGCCAAAAAAACAGCUAACGCCAAAGUGGAGCCGUCGCCUAGCACACCCGCAACAGAAAAGAAGAAAAGCGGCAAUCGCAAGCGAAAAGGCAAGUUGCCCAAGAACUACAAUGCCGAGGUGGCGCCAGAUCCCGAGCGCUGGCUUCCCAAGUAUGAACGUACCGGCUUUCGUAAGAAGCGCGGCGGUGCGCGCGCUAAGGACAUUAUCAAAGGCUCACAGGGCAUGGCUUCUGGCGCAGCUGACCAAUACGACAUGUCGAAUCGUGCCAAUUUGAACAAGAACUCGCCUGCGACACCUGUUUACCAGGAACCUGCACCCGGUCCAAGGCAGCAGCAUCGCAAAGGUGGUCACAAGAAGAAGAAGGGCGGACGCUUCUAAGCUGUAGCCAAACACAUGCGUUUAAACUGUAUCAACUUUACAAAAUUACAACUGGUUUAUAAUUGUCAACUUA